UUUUAAUGUCUUUAUUUUAUUCAAAUGUAGAUUUUAAAGGUACAUUAACUAUAUCCAUAAUAGCAGCAAAAAUAGGACCACAAAUAUGUCACGAAAAGACAUCCCAAUGAAAGAGAUUCCAGAAAUACUCAAAGAUGUUUCAACUGGUAAAAAAUACCAGCGAGGACGUUUUCUUGGCAAGGGAGGUUUUGCAAAGUGCUAUGAAAUUGUGGAUUUGGAAACGAAAAAAAUAUUUGCAGGAAAAAUUGUGCCAAAGGCGCUUUUGGUAAAACCGCACCAAAAGGAUAAAAUGGCACAAGAGAUCACGUUACAUCGAAGUGUCUCGCAUGAAAACGUCGUUGGUUUUCAUGGAUUUUUCGAAGAUUCCGACUUUGUUUAUGUUGUGCUUGAGCUAUGCAGAAGAAGGUCGCUCAUGGAGUUGCACAAAAGGCGAAAAGCUGUCACCGAGCCAGAAGCGAGAUAUUACAUGCGACAAAUUAUCCUCGGUAUGCAAUACCUGCAUUCCAAGAAGAUAAUACACAGAGACCUGAAGCUUGGCAAUUUGUUCUUGACUGAUGACAUGGAGAUAAAGAUUGGAGAUCUCGGGCUGGCUACUCAAGUUGAUUUCGACGGUGAACGUAAGAAAACUUUGUGUGGAACACCCAACUAUAUCGCGCCUGAGGUUCUGGGGAAGAAGGGACAUAGUUACGAGGUGGAUAUCUGGUCACUCGGAUGUAUCAUGUACACCUUAUUAAUUGGCAAACCACCGUUCGAAACAACUUCAUUGAAGGAAACUUACUCAAGAAUCAAGAAGAAUGAAUAUCGUAUUCCACCGUCUAUUUCUCCAAUCGCAAGGAACCUUAUCACAAAGAUGCUUCGAAAUGAUCCACCUUCUCGACCGUCCGUUCACAAUUUACUUCAAGAUGAUUUCUUCACGUGCGGUUACCUCCCACCACGCCUCCCAACCACUUGUCUCUCCAUCGCUCCACGAUUUACACCGGCACUUCUUAACUCUGCUCAACGGAAACCACUGCAUGAUAUUAACAACGCUGGUUCCACCAACUCUGCAGCAGCGACCUUGAAAUGUGAACCUGCUUCACAGAAUGACGUUGAAUCACCAGAUUUUCAUAUGGAUGAUCUAAUGAAACAACUCAUCACGCUCAUAGAUUCCAACCCAUCACAGCGGAGACUUAUCGAAAUGGAUGAGGCAGAAGACCCGGCAGCCAACCCUGUGUUGUGGAUAAGUAAAUGGGUGGAUUAUACCGACAAAUAUGGACUAGGUUACCAGCUAUGUGACAACAGCAAUGGUGUUUUAUUCAAUGAUUGCACAAGACUUCUUCUUUACAACAACGAUGAACAGAUUGAAUACAUAGACAAGGAGAUGAGCGAAUCUUAUCAUACGUUGAAGUCCUAUCCUGAUACACUUACAAAGAAAGUCACUCUGCUUAAAUAUUUCCGAAACUACAUGUCAGAACAUCUGCUUAAGGCGGGAGCAAACAUGGCCCCCAAGGAAGGCGAUCAAUUUUCUCGCCUCCCGUUUCUCCGCACAUGGUUCCGCACGAGAAGUGCCAUCAUCCUCCACCUCAGCAACGGAACCUUACAGAUCAAUUUCUUUAACGACCACACAAAAAUCAUUCUGUGUCCAUUGAUGGGUGCUGUUACAUACAUUGAUGUCACGAAAAAGUUCUGUACCUACCGUUUGACACAACUACAAAAACACGGUUGUUGUCGGGAGUUGGCCCAUCGACUACGCUAUGCACGCACGAUGCUGGAAAAGCUCAUUUCCAGUCGUUCUACAACAGUUAGACAAAAAGAUAUUGCGUGAUUGGGUAUUGUAGAGGUGUGGUUCUUCACUAUAUUAACACUUCUAUAUAUUGGACAUAUUCCAAACUUACUCUGGUCUAUUAACAAACCAUCUUAUAGCAGCUUUGUUUUGAUGCUCUCAUUCAAUUGACGUAUUCACUUCUGUCCUUUUCUCAAUAUGUGCUUUCUUAAGUAAGACUCUAGUGUCAUUUAUACACUGCCUGUUAUUGCACACUGUUCUUGGCUUAGUCUAGAUUCAAUUGGCAAUAAUUUAAUUUGCGAUGUUUUUUAUAUAGAUUCAAAUAGUUUGUUUUUGAAUGUUAAAAGUUGAGGUAAGUACUGAUCAUGUCACGUGAUCUCUAUGUCCGGCGGAUCGCAAUUGAUUCUGCCCCGAUUUAUUGUUUGUAUGAUAAUGGAGUUACCGUAAUAAAAAUAUCCGGCAACGUU